UUGCAAUUGUUACGAAACAAUUAGCUACGUUCGCCAACUACAGUCUGUAUUCGCGGCUAUUAAUUAGUGCCUUCAAUGCCGUCUCUCAUGAGCUUGGAACCGAAGCACCAAGCCACGAAGCUUAUACCCUAUUCACAAUUUAUUAACCGAGAGUAGAACAUUUACGAUACACGAGAAACACCAUGGAUCCCCCUACAGAAGAGUGGAAGAAAUGGCGAGAUGAGUGGACAAGCCGGCUCACUGUGCCAACGAUGGCCUUGAGCCGUUUCAUCCCCGAGAUCCCGCGCAUUCCGCUUUUAGCAUGCGUCGAAUCUGCGUAUACAGAAGCUGCUUUCCGUGAAUUUUACGAGGACUGUAUUAGACCAGCUUUACGUAUCCCCUUUCAUGCCAUCCAAGGCGUUCGCAUGACAGCCGAGAACGAAAUGCGCAUUCAGCUAAGGACGCUCAGAAGGGCCGUAGUCGACUUCGAGAAGGAGCCAGAUACCGAUAUAUCACGGUUUAAUAUCGCAUCAGGAGUUCGUCGGCGGGAGCUGAAGCAGGAUUGGUACGGCUACGAUCACAUAGCACAUUUUAUGCGACGAGUAUAUCAAUUUGGCUUGAGAGUUAACCUUAUCAGUGAGCACAUACUGGACCCAGACAAGCGAAUCAUGAUGGUACUCGGUGCGUUUAUGAUUUAUAUGCGCAUCCAGUCGAUGGACGAAUAUCCGGAAUUACAACAUCCUCUAGAUGCAUCUGGGAAUAGUUUAUCAAUCACAGGCAGCCCAGACCACUGGUUUGAUCGUUUCAAUAGCCAUGAGGCGGAUACAUAUGACCAGUUGGAAGCUAGGUUGAAAAUCAUCGCCGAUAAGAUUGAGGAUUCGUUUGGUAAAGGAAUACGAGAUAGGUAUCACGAGCACGCCCAUUUCUUCCGGAUAUUUGUCGAAUAUGCGAAGCUCAAAUUCCGACAACUAAUCUAUCCUGAAGCAUCAGAAUGGUGGUGGUAUUGUGAGAAGGGAUUUGCUCUCCCCUAUCUUAUCCCAACGCUUGGAACAGGUACCUAAACUGGCAACGAAAGAUUAUGUAGGCAGUGUAAGCAAUAUACUACGCACAUAGGUAGGUAUAAUUUGACUUAAUUUUUUGAACACUACCAGUGCUCAUAUCAACGUGAUUACUUCCAUGUAUGAUUUGUGUGAAAACAGUUGCAAGUACCCGUGUGCUCAAACUGAAGUUGUCAUUCCU